AUGUGUACUUCAAAAAGUGAAAAGAUCAAACUCAAAGAUAGUUUACUUAGUUCAAUAACAUUUGCAAAAACACGUGAUGUCGAUGUUGCUUGGGUUGAUGGUAUUAUUACUCAUGGUGCACCACCACCUACAACACCACUCACAACAACUACAUUUACCACUGUUGGUCAAACUAAUACAGAAUGGUAUUUAAAUCCUGUAACACGUGAACUUAAAGAUCAGAUGCCACCUCAUCCAUGUGUAUUUGUUAAUGAACCAAAAUUACUUGAUCUUAAAAUGGUUCUUAUUCGACAACAUGGACUUAAAGCUGAAUUUGUCGGUGGAGUCCUUACUUGUGAAGAUACAGUAGCUAUCAAACGAAACGAAGCAGGUAAAAUCAUUCUUGAAGGUGCUCUAUCCGAUACAUAUUACAAAGUCCGACGAAUCUUAUAUGAUCAAUAUGCAAUUUUGUAA